GCCAAGUGCCAGAUGGGGAAGCGGGGGCCAGGAUCAGCUUUACCCACCCCAGGGAAGUAUGAUACGAUACUGUCAGCCAGACCUCCGUUUCCUACACCUUCCUCAAACGGUUACAGGAAUGUGUAUACUGAAUAUAUCCAGGACAAAUACAUAUACAUAAAAGACAGGAACUCUCUUCUUGGUGAGAUGGUUCAUCUAAGCAGCAGAUACACAAAACUGGACAUUGUACAGGAACCACGUGCCAAAAAGAAAGAACAACAUGAAAUAAUGUCCCUGAGAGAGAAACCUGUAAGCACAACAACUGAGCAAAGAAGAUCCUUCACCCUCAGUGACUUAUUUGCAGGUGAUGAAAAGGGAGAAACUCUGCGAAUUGUGGUGCUGUUGGGAGCUGCAGGGACUGGAAAAACAAUGACCGCAAGAAAGAUCAUGUUUGACUGGGCAUCUGGAGAGCUUUAUCAGAAUAAGUUUGAUUAAGUUUUCUACAUACAUUGUAGGGAAUUUAUGUUAGGCAGCGAGCAGAGAAGUCUCAAGGAUUUGAUCUUAACAAACUGUCCUGAUGAACGUGCACCAAUGGCAGAGAUUUUGGUGAAUCCAGACAAAAUCCUGUUUAUAGUUGAUGGGUUUGAUGAACUGAGAUUUUCCUUGGAUCAGCCAAAAGACAACCUGUGUUCUGAUCCCCAUGAGAAGAAAGCAGUGGAAAUCACACUGAGCAGUUUAUUCAGGAAGAAAGUGCUUCAGAAAUCCUACUUACUCAUUACCACAAGACCAGCUGCCUUAGAGAAGCUGAAUGAGUUGUUGGAAAAUGAGCGCUGUGUAAAAAUACUGGGUUUUUCAGAAACUGAGAGGAGAAAAUACUUUGACAAAUAUUUUGGGAAGAAAAAGAGAGCAAGAAGAGCCUUUAAUUUUGCAAGAGAAAAUGAAAUGAUCUUCACCAUGUGCUCUGUCCCCAUGGUGUGCUGGAUCAUCUGCACUGUCCUAGAGCAACAGAUGGAUGAAGGUGAAGAUCUUGCACAGAGUUCAGAAACAAUCACAGGAGUCUACCUGCACCAUCUUGACAAUCUGUUGCCACGUUGUGACCGACAUCCAAAGCCAGCAGUACAAACCAACUUGAAGGGACUCUGCUCCUUGGCUGCAGAGGGAAUCUGCAAGCAGAAGAUCCUGUUUGAGGCUGAAGAGUUCAAGAAACACGGCUUAGAUGCAUCUGACUCACACUUUCUGAAUGAGAUCCUCUUUCGAAAAGCCACCAAGUGUGAAUGUCUCUACAGCUUCAUUCAUGUGUCUUUUCAAGAGCUUUUUGCAGCCUUGUUUUAUGCUCUAAAGAAUGAAGAAGAAAGAACAGGCAGAGACUCAGGAAAUGACAUAAAAGAUUUGAAAACCUUGUUAGCUGACUAUGAAAAAUCAAAAAAUUAUUUAAUAUUAACCGUGCGAUUUCUUUUUGGUCUCCUAAAUGAAGAGAGAAAGAAGGACUUUGAGAGAAUCCUUAACUGCCAAAUUUCAUUGAAAAUUAAACCAGAAUUACAGAAAUGGAUUAAAACAGCAUUCUCAGAGUCUGAUACACCACUGCCACGCUUUAAUGGUGGUAAUGUUCAAACAGCUUCCCAGCUUGAGGACUUUCACUGUUUGUAUGAAAUAAGAGAGAAAAGUUUUGUGCAAAAUGCACUGAGUCAUUUCACUGCCCUGCGUCUAUGGGGUUAUACAUUUACCAGGCUGGAUCAAGUCGCACUUGCAUUCUGUCUAAAGAACUGCCAGAACCUGGAAUAUCUUCAUCUAUGGGCCUGUGAAUUUGCAGCUGGGGAGCUGGAGGAGGACACAGAGGAAGAUGUCCCACGACCGUCAAAGCCUCGACGUCUGUGAGUAUUACUUGCCUUAUAAAGCACCGCUUCAGGACUGGAUUCGUAGGCUGUGCCAGAAGAGUUGUACAGAAGCAUCCUCUUCUCAUUGACAUUGCCA